GGCGGCGGCCUCAGGACCUGGUUCUCUCAGACAAGAGGGCGGGUGGAGGAGGAAGCGGCCGUGCCCAGACUCCCGCUCCGACGCGCCGAGCACUACCCGCCUCAGUCUCCCCAGCGGCCGGUCGGCUUCGGGCCUUGCGGAACCGAGAGGAAAGGAGAGGCGGCGGCGGCCGCGAGGAGGCUGCGGGGGCGCGGGCGGAGGCGGCGCGGCCGGCCGCGGCUGCUGCUUUGUUGUGCGGCCCGGGCCCGGGGAAGGAGAAGUGGGAGGAGGGGGGAGCUCGGCGUCCCGCUCCCUCCGCGGCUCAUGGCGACGACGCUCGGCACAUCCGGGACCCUGCGGCCGUGGCGGCCGUGGCGCCGGCUGCUCGGGCCCCAGCUCCGGCCGCUGUGGUGACUCCGCCGCGCCUCGCCGUCGCCGUCGCCCCCGCCCCGCCCGCCCGCCGGCCGGGAGCCCCGCCGCCGCCACUGCCUCCUCCGCCGCCGCCGCCGCCGCCGCCGCCUCCUCCUCCCCCCGCCGCCUCCCCCGCCGCCGGGGACAUGUCUAACCCCGGAGGCCGGAGGAACGGGCCCGUCAAGCUGCGCCUGACAGUACUCUGUGCAAAAAACUUGGUGAAAAAGGAUUUUUUCCGACUUCCUGAUCCAUUUGCGAAGGUGGUAGUCGAUGGAUCUGGGCAAUGCCAUUCUACAGAUACUGUGAAGAAUACACUUGAUCCAAAGUGGAAUCAACAUUAUGACCUGUAUAUUGGAAAAUCUGAUUCGGUUACAAUCAGUGUAUGGAAUCACAAGAAGAUCCAUAAAAAACAAGGUGCUGGAUUUCUUGGUUGUGUUCGUCUUCUUUCCAAUGCCAUCAACCGUCUCAAAGACACUGGUUAUCAGAGGUUGGAUUUAUGCAAACUGGGGCCAAAUGACAAUGAUACAGUUAGAGGACAGAUAGUAGUAAGUCUUCAGUCCCGAGACCGAAUAGGCACAGGAGGACAAGUUGUGGAUUGCAGUCGUUUGUUUGAUAACGAUUUACCAGACGGCUGGGAAGAAAGGCGAACAGCCUCUGGUAGAAUCCAGUAUCUAAACCACAUAACAAGAACUACGCAAUGGGAGCGCCCAACACGACCAGCAUCUGAAUAUUCUAGUCCUGGCAGACCUCUAAGCUGCUUUGUUGAUGAGAACACUCCAAUUGGUGGAACAAAUGGUGCAACAUGUGGACAGUCUUCAGAUCCCAGACUGGCUGAGAGGAGGGUCAGGUCACAACGACAUAGAAAUUAUAUGAGCAGGACCCAUUUGCAUACUCCUCCAGACCUACCAGAAGGCUAUGAACAGAGGACCACACAGCAAGGUCAGGUAUAUUUCUUACAUACUCAGACUGGUGUGAGCACAUGGCACGAUCCAAGAGUGCCUAGGGAUCUUAGCAACAUCAAUUGUGAAGAGCUUGGUCCUUUGCCUCCUGGAUGGGAGAUCCGUAAUACCGCAACAGGCAGAGUUUAUUUCGUUGACCAUAACAACAGAACAACACAGUUUACUGAUCCUCGACUUUCUGCUAACUUACAUUUAGUUUUAAAUAGGCAGAACCAACUGAAAGACCAACAGCAGCAGCAAGUGGUGUCAUUAUGCCCUGAUGACACCGAAUGCCUCACAGUGCCCAGGUACAAGCGAGAUCUGGUUCAGAAACUAAAGAUCUUGAGGCAAGAGCUUUCUCAGCAACAGCCACAGGCUGGCCAUUGCCGCAUCGAAGUUUCCAGGGAAGAGAUUUUUGAGGAAUCAUAUCGACAGGUCAUGAAAAUGAGACCAAAAGAUCUCUGGAAGCGAUUAAUGAUUAAAUUUCGAGGAGAAGAAGGCCUUGACUAUGGAGGGGUUGCAAGGGAAUGGUUGUAUCUCCUGUCACAUGAAAUGUUGAAUCCAUACUAUGGCCUCUUCCAGUAUUCAAGAGAUGACAUCUAUACAUUGCAGAUCAAUCCUGAUUCUGCUGUUAAUCCGGAGCAUUUGUCAUAUUUCCACUUUGUCGGACGAAUAAUGGGAAUGGCUGUGUUUCACGGACAUUAUAUCGAUGGUGGUUUCACACUGCCUUUUUAUAAACAGUUGCUUGGGAAAUCAAUUACUUUGGAUGACAUGGAGUUAGUUGAUCCAGACCUUCAUAACAGUUUGGUGUGGAUACUGGAAAAUGACAUUACAGGUGUUUUGGAUCAUACCUUCUGUGUUGAACAUAAUGCGUAUGGUGAAAUUAUUCAGCAUGAACUGAAACCAAAUGGCAAAAGUAUCCCUGUUACAGAAGAAAAUAAAAAAGAAUAUGUCAGGCUCUAUGUGAACUGGAGAUUUUUGCGAGGCAUUGAGGCUCAAUUCCUAGCUCUGCAGAAAGGAUUUAAUGAAGUAAUUCCGCAGCAUCUGCUGAAAACAUUUGAUGAGAAGGAGUUAGAGCUUAUUAUUUGUGGACUUGGAAAAAUAGAUGUCAGUGACUGGAAGAUAAACACUCGGUUAAAACACUGCACGCCCGACAGCAACGUCGUCAAGUGGUUCUGGAAAGCUGUGGAGUUUUUUGAUGAAGAGAGACGAGCACGAUUGCUUCAGUUUGUGACAGGGUCGUCUCGAGUACCUCUGCAGGGCUUCAAGGCUCUUCAAGGUGCUGCAGGCCCACGGCUCUUCACCAUACACCAGAUUGAUGCCUGCACGAACAACCUGCCAAAAGCCCACACUUGCUUCAACCGAAUAGACAUUCCACCCUAUGAAAGCUAUGAAAAGCUGUAUGAGAAGCUGCUAACAGCCAUCGAAGAAACUUGCGGAUUUGCUGUGGAAUGAGGGGCUUGCCCAGAACUCUAUUUUAUGCCCUGCCCGCAGCCUCCUUUCAGCGUUUCAGAGGAGGCUGAAGUACGGGAACCCGCCCCCUUCCAUGGCAGGGAGCUGGGAGGGAAAAGGACACUUUGCAAAUUCCUUUUCAAGGAAAAGAGGUCUUUAUGCUUUGCCAUGAGGACACAUUCAGCUGCUAUUUAAAAUUCAUAUCUUGAACCUAAAGAAUGCUGACUUCCCUGCAUUUCCAGAGUUAGGCAGUAUUCUACACUUAAAGACUACUACUAUUUUUAUAAAAGGUAAUUAUUCAAAUUGCUUCACAGAUUUCAAGUCUUUAUACAUCAAGACAGCUCCAGCAGUCGGUACAAGUCACAUUUCAUUUUAAUUGAAUACAUGAUUUUGAACAGCUCCUGUACUUAUUCUUUGUUAAAAAUAAAGUUAUUUUGAAUUAUUCUACCUUUGUAAACAAUUGGCUAAAAGAAUUAUUAUCUUUCAGAAAUCAAGCCAUUUGCGUGUUUAAUUAUGUCUUUCUACAGCAGAGCAUUAUACUUUGCAUCGUAUGUUUCAAGCUAGCCUAAGUGGAUUUUUGUAUUUUUCAACCAUGAAUUUCCUGGAAAUACAGCUAUUUAAUUUUGGUCUUCAAAUUCCUAAUGUGACCAUUUAGUCUAGACUUAGUAUUUGCUAUGGUAAGAUGUAUUCAGGGGCUCCCUGUUUUUAAAACUUUUUAAAAACCUAGUAUUUUUAUCUUGAAUCAAUAUGGUCAGGUAUUUGGGAUUUGCUUUCAUCUUAAAUUGAAAAUACUGUGUUUUUAUAGUUUCUCAGAGCACGCAAAUGGGAUGGGAUUUUCAUUCUUUGUUAGGUGAGCUUGUCUUUAACAUACAUUUCUGCAAACCAAAGUCUAAUAAGUGCACCUAAUUUGUAUUUUAUUUACAGUGUAAUUUUCUAUCGUUACCCAUCCUGAAGCUUUGUUUGGAUGCUCAUGACUUUAAUUGGCUAAAAUUAUGCAAAAGGAAACUUUUGUUCUGAAAAUUAUUUAGCAAGUUUAGGAAACCGUGUUUUUGCCUCACAAGAUGAACUGGCGGUCGUACUGGGUGGUGAGGAAGAAAUCUGAUUACUAACAUUCGGAGCGAAGCCAGUGUGGUGGCACACACCUGUAGUCCCAACACUCAGGAGGCUGAAGAAGGGGGAAGUGUAGUUAGAGGCCUGGACUACAGAGCAGGAUCCUGCCUUGAAAACAAAACACAAGCCCUCUAACUCAGUGAUAGAAAUCACUUGAACACCACGGGUUCAUUUUAGAAGUGAGGAAAUGGCAGUUCCACCCGUGUUAAGACGCCACAGCCGAGUUCCAGACACAGGUGUGGCGCGUGCUGUGACCCAGACGGCAACCCAGACUCGAGAGUGAGGGGUUGGAAGCAAACCUAAAAUCACAAAUGAAUUUUUAACUUCAGCCACCAAAAAGUAUGUGCUAUUUUUUUUCUAACAUAGAUAGGUAAAGUAAGCAUAGCCAGUUUUAGUAAUUGGCUUCCAUUUUGCACCUUACUCCUCAAGUGAACAGGUCCCUGUGUUGUGUUUCAUGUGAUGGGGUGGAGGUCAGUCUGUGCUUUGGAAGACAGUGCUCCUCAGAGGGACACACCUGAGGAGGAAUGGUCAAAGGGGAAAGAAGAGGUGGGAGGAAGGGCCGCAACCCCCAUCUCGCAUCCUUGCAAGCCCCAGAGCAGCACUCACCUUUCAUGGGGGUGGGGUGAAAUGACGCAGGGAAUGGGUACAUAAAAGUGAGAGGGGAACUUUGCUGUUUUUUUUUUUUUUAAGUUGAGAACUUUUGUAGUUCCUCAGUAUUUAAAUUAUUUUGUUUGGCCAAAUUUGACCACUAUGGAUAAAUUAGUCAGAGCUCCAACGGUGCCGCAGUGUUAUGCUUACAAUGGCCUUUUUCUUCCCAAACACUUUGGGUUUUCCUACUGCAUUCUUAGUAGUACCGAAGAACAUUUUGAAAUGUGUGGAAAUGGUCUCUGCUAUUUGAUUAUAGGUAAUGUUCAGCAUUCAUGAGAUCAUCUUGUUGCUUACAGAUCCAUCUGUUUUAUAUUAAAGCACUAAUGCAGUUUGUAAUUGUGCCUCCUCUUAAAGUCUUUCAGUACAAAAUACACGAUGAACACUUUAUAGAAAUCUACCUGACAGGGAUGUGGUAAUAAUAAAAAGCUACUAUCAGUUGUUUUCAUGUACAACAUAAAGCAGGCAAACACCACCGCUUUUUGAGUGCCUUUUAACUUUGUAAUGACUUAAUAGAGCUUUAAAAGAAAAUCACCCUCCAUGACAGUCUGUGGGAUCACCAACAUGAUAUAUGAGAACAUGAUUUAGGUUUCAGUCUCAAAAUUAUGUUCCCCCUUUACUUCAAAAUAGGUGCUAAGGAAAUCGAAAGACUCAAUGUCAUUGAACCUUGGACUUGCACCUCAUGUUUAAUGUGAAUAUUUAUAUUUAUUUCCACACGUCCCUCAACUGCUUUUUUUUAUCCUUUCUCUAGUUGUGUUAAUUCAGAUAUGUGAUGUCACUUUUCCAUAUUAUUCCAUCAUGAAUGUUUAUGAACAGUGAUUGCUUUGUAGAGCUCAUUAGGAGUACAGAGGUGAGUUUUGAUUCAGAGGGCCUUAUUUUUUGGUGUAAAGAAAUUUAAAAUAGUGCUGUGUAUAGUGUACAUUUUGUUUUGCACAUAGUUUGUUGUCCUUUUUUCCCUCUCAUAUUUACAGUGGAGAGCACAAGUUUCUCUUCUUUUAAGUAUAAUGUACUUUGUCUUAUUUUAUAACACUAAAUCUGCUUGGGACGUGGGGUGCAUUGGACCGAUUGCAUUGGUGGGCGUGGAGAUGGUUCUGCCACCUUCUCACUUUGGUAGAGCAGCUCCUGCUUGUCUGCAGCUUACCGCCAACGGGUGCCAUUUGUGGUAUUUAACAUUCUUACGUUAGGAUGAUGAUUGUACCAAAUGCUGAGUUGUUUGAUUUGUAGGUGUAAUUAGUUCACUUUAUGUAAUAUUCUCUCUCAAACUGACUUUAAAACAAAGUUUUAUCAUUUUCAUUGUAUUUGUAUUUAUUACAGAGUGUUUUAGCUUUGAUAUUCCUUGUAUUUUUCACCCAGUUGUUACAUGAGCUUUAUCAAUAACAUCUGUAUAAAUGGUUUUUAAAAAUUAAUUAUGUAUGUGCCCAUGCUGAAGUUGAGCAAUAAAAUGAAUGCUGUUUGCACUGUCACAGCAACAAAGUUUUUUAAGAA